AUGGCAAGACAAUACCUCGACCUCCCCAUUGCACCCCCAGACAUCGCAUUUGGCCUCAUGGCCACCUACGAUGCCGACCCGCACCCGAACAAAGUCUCCCUGAUUGCCGGAGCCUACCGCGACGAGAUUGGUUCUCCAUGGGUUCUCCCCAGUGUCGAGCAGGCAAAAUCCCUUCUCUCCCACACCCCUCCCAACCACGAAUAUCUCCCCAUCGCCGGCUCGCCCACCUUCCUCGACCUCGCCCAAACCCUCAUCUUCGGCCCGCACCUCACAGCCACCAUGCACGACCAAAUCGCCUCCAUCCAGACCGUCUCUGGCACGGGGGCCAACCACCUAGCCGCGAGCUUCCUGGCCGCGCACCUCCGGCCGCAGCACGUCUUCAUCCCCGCCCCGACCUGGGUGAACCACAAGUCCAUCUGGGCCGAGACCUCGGUGCCGCAGAUCGACUACCCGUACUACUCGCCGACCACCCGCGGGGUCGAUCUGGAGGGGAUGUGUGCCGUGCUGGACGAGCACGCCGCGCCCCACGACGUGAUCAUCCUGCAGGCCUGCGCGCAUAAUCCGACGGGCGUGGACCUGACCCGCGCCCAGUGGGAGACCUUGCUGGAGGUCGUGCGCCGCAAGCGUCUGUUUGUGGUCUUCGAUAGUGCGUACCAGGGGUUCGCGACGGGGGAUGUCGAUGGAGAUGCGUGGGCGGUGCGGUAUUUCGCCGAGCAGCUGCUUGGCACGGGCCAUGAGGAGCAUCCCGGUCUCUGUGUAGCGCAGUCGUUCUCGAAGAACUUCGGGCUGUAUGGUGAGCGGGUCGGGGCGUUGCAUUUGGUGGUACCCAGGGGAAUGGGGGUGCAAGGGGCGCGGUCGCAGCUGGUGGGCAUGGCGCGGGCGGAGUACUCGAAUCCCCCGCGCUUUGGGGCGACGAUUGUUGAGACAGUGCUUGGGGACUCGGAGUUGCGGGCGCAGUGGGAGCAGGAUUUGCGGACGAUGAGUGCUCGCAUUGCGAGGAUGAGGGGUGCGUUGCGGAGGAGGUUGGUGCUGAAUGGGACCCCCGGGGACUGGUCCUUUGUUGAGAAGCAAAUUGGGAUGUUUAGUUAUACGGGCCUGGAGAGGAAGCAGGUGGCUCGUUUGCAGGAAGAGUAUCAUAUCUAUCUCUUGCCGUCGGGAAGAGUCAGCAUAUGUGGUUUGACUGAGGGGAAUGUGGACUAUGUGGCAGAUGCGAUCCGCGAUGUCGUGCUGGGGAGGAGGGAGGCUUCUGCAUAG